AUCACCUGCGCAUUAUGUACAGUAGGUGGCAGUUCGCAGUUUUUCUUUAUUUCGUGUUUAUUUCUUUUUCCUAUCAGCCGACAUUAAUUCACACAUGAUGCACAAGAUUAGAUAAUGGGACAGAAUGAUAAUCACAAGAUUUAGAUUUACAUGUUUUCUAAUCUGUUGGAGGCUUGAAACUCAACUACAUCUUUAAAAUCUCGAAAACAAGGACUUUAAUACAACAAAGACUGUUAUUGGUUUUCUAUUUCACACUGGUCUCUAUUUGGAGGAUGUGAUCUAUACCAUUAUCAGAUGAACUGAGGAGUUUGUUUACAUAUUCACACAACAGGACACAAUGAUCAUGAGAGACCACUGAGUCGCGGCACGAAAGCUCAAGUAAAAUGGCAGAAGCCAGUAUUUUAGUGACUCAGGAUCAGUUCAGCUGUUCAAUCUGUCUGGAGCUACUGAAGGAUCCAGUGACUAUUAACUGUGGACACAGUUACUGUAUGAGCUGUAUUACAGACUGCUGGAAUCAGGAGGAUCAGAAGAGAGUUUAUAGCUGCCCUCAGUGCAGACAGACCUUCACUCCAAGACCUGCAUUAAAUAAAAAUGUGGUGCUUGCUGAGACAUUGGAGAAGCUAAAGACCACAGAGGUGUGCAGUGGACCUGGAGAUGUAGAGUGUGACGUUUGCAUUGGGAGGAAACGCAAAGCUGUCAAAUCUUGCCUGGUGUGUCUGGAAUCCUACUGUCAAACUCAUUUCGAGUGUCAUGAGGUUUUUCGCUCCAGCAAGCGGCAUAAAGUGACCGAUGCCACAGGAAGACUUCAGGAGAUGAUCUGCUCUCAACAUGACAGACUGCUCGAGAUUUUCUGUCGCACUGAUCAGAAAUGUAUUUGUUUGAUGUGUACAAUGGACGAGCACAAAAACCAUGACACUGUUCCAGCUGCAGCAGAGAGAGCAGUAAAAGAGAAGCAGAAUGGAGAGAUGCACCGAAAAUUCCAGAAUAGAAUCCAAGAGAAACAAAAGGAGCUUCAGGAGCUAAGAGAGAUUGUGGAUGCUCACAAGCGCUCCGCACAGAAAUUAGUGGAGGACACUGAGAGGAUCUUUACUGAACUGAUUCGCUCCAUUAAGAGAAGACGCUCUGAGGUGAUACAGCUGAUCAGAGAUCAGGAAAAGACUGCAGUGAGUCGAGCUGAAGGACUCUUGAAGGAUCUGGAGCAGGAGAUUGAAGAUCUGAGGAGGAGACAUGAUGAGAUGGAGAAGCUUUCACACACAGAAGAUCACAUCCGAUUCCUCCAGAGUUUCCGAUCUUUCUCUGCACCCCCCGAAUCACCAUACAUCAGCACUUCCAGUUCUGUCCUCUCUUUUGAUGAGAUGGAAAAAUCUGUCUCUCGUCUACAAGAGAAAUUUGAGGAUUUUUGUAAAGCGAUAAAGAUGUCUACCAGAGUGAAGUCAUUCAGAAUCAUUCUCUCUGCUGAACCAAACACAAGGGACGAGUUCUUACAGUAUUUUCAUCAUUUUACUCUGGAUUCAGACACAGUGCAUAAACAUCUCUGUCUGUCUGAUGGAAACACAGUGGCCACCUGUACUGAGACAGUCCAGCAGUAUCCAGAUCAUUCAGACAGAUUUGACUGCUGGCCUCAAGUGUUGUGUAGAGAGGGUGUGUGUGGACGCUGUUACUGGGAGGUUGAAUGGAGUGGGAGUUUAGGGGUUGGUAUAGCAAUGUCAUACAACAUCAGCAGAAAGGGAAGUGGCCAAGAGUGUAAAUUUGGAUAUUAUGAUUAUUCCUGGAGAUUGUUCUGUUCUCCUUCUGGAUACAUAUACAAUCUCGAUACCAAAAAUACUAAUGUUCCUUUAACCUCAAGUUCUUGUAGAAUAGGAGUGUAUGUGGAUCACAGUGCAGGAAUUCUGUCCUUCUACAGCGUCUCUGACACAAUGACCCUCAUCCACAGAGUCCACACCACCUUCACUCAACCUCUCUAUCCUGGAUUUGGCAUAAAUAAGGACUCAACAGUGAAACUGUGUAACUUACCAACAUAGAUCAUGUAUAUAGCUAUUUUUCUGUUUUGCAAUCAAUAGUGGGUAUGCAUUAACAUCGCUUUCCCACGUGAACACGCCGGGAUACGCCCCUCUUGAGCGCCAGGACACGUUCCCCUGAGUUGUAAAACACGCAGCAAAAUGCCUGAGGAGAAUAGGAGAACCAGGGACUAAAAUAUUCAAUUAUUUGCUGAAAUUACAAGCAGCUUGACUCGAUAGUUUUACUUACAUCGUCUCUACGACUUGCAUAGGAAUCAGGUGUUCCUGGACACUGAAAUGUUGCGCAGAAUUGUGUUUCCUGAUAUUGUAAGCAGUCAUUUUGCUGAGUGUUUUUCCACCCAGUAGGGCACACUCCAACGUGCUCACGUGGUGUUCACGUGAUAAAGUGACGGCAUGCCCAUACCCUCUUUACAUGUGUAAUACUGUAAAACUAGAGAUAUUAGGGAUGUAGCGAUAUCAAAAUCUCACUGUACGAUAAUACCUGGGUAGAAAGUCCACGGUAUUUACUGCAAUAUUUAAAAAGACAAAUGAUGACAUGGAAACUUGGCAUAAGCAUCCUUUUCUUUAUCCUCGUAUCAUAGCUGUUGCUUAGAGGUAAGAGUUAUAGUAUGAGAUGGGUGAAAUUACCUAAAAAUCUUUUUUAUAAAAUAACUGCACCAGAUAGAGCUUGCCAAAGGUAACAUCUAUCAUUUUUUCUAACGUUCUCAAUGCUAGGCCCGGAAGACCUAUCAUUCAAUACAGUCAUGUGACCACGACAGUAUUGAGACAAUUUUGCUAUUGUGAUAACAUGAUAUCGAUAAUAUUGUUACAUCCCUAAGAGAUAUUAAAUUGUUCUGAAAUACUGAAAAAGUAGGAAUAUAAACAAACAUCUGUAAAAGUUAGGUCAUGUGUUUUGCAUAUCUAUGUUUGAUUAUACUAAUCAAUAACAGCAAAUUAAAUUCUCCAUAUAACCUAAGGAAAGAUUCAUAACAUUCAUAUUUAUUGUUAAGCUUGACUUGCAAUUGCCUUAUGUUGUGUGUAUACAAAACAUAAAACGACAGUCCUUGAUAAAUCUCUUGAUGUCAUUUAUGAUAAAUAUAAAUGUGACCCUGUCUGUGAAAACUAGGUUUGUGUCUCAUAAUCCUAUUAUGAAA